AUGGGCAAGUUUAAUGUUUUUCUCUUGGCGGGCUUAGCCGCCAAGUUGGUUGCAGCUAAGGACGUCCAUCUUGACUGGAACGUCACCUGGGUCAAUGCCUCGCCCGACGGAUUCGAGCGACCUGUGAUCGGUAUCAACGAUCAAUGGCCCUGUCCCCAGGUUGAUGUGGAAGUUGGAGACCGAGUGAUUGUCGAUGUUUAUAACGGACUGGGCAAUCAGUCUACUGGCAUCCACUGGCAUGGCUUCCGCCAAUAUGGCACCGGUGUCAUGGACGGCAGCACUUCUGUCACCCAAUGCCCCAUUCCUCCUGGACAACACAUGCAGUAUCACUUCGACGUCAACCAAACUGGAACUUACUGGUACCACUCGCACAACAUGGGCCAGUACCCUGAUGGAUUCCGCGGGGCAUUCAUUGUCCAUGACCCCAAGCCUCCUUUCCAAUACGACGAGGAGAUCACUUUGACUAUGAGCGACUGGUACCACGAGCAGAUGCCUAAUCUUCUCAACCAAUACCAGUCCGUAGAAAAUGCUAAAGCUGGCGGAUUCGAACCCAUUCCUGAUUCUGCCCUUAUCAACGAUUCUUCCAACACCAAGAUCAAGGUUGUUCCCGGAAAGACAUAUCUUGUUCACAUUAUCUGUCUUGGAAACUGGCCUGGUCACGCUUGGGUCAUCGAUGGCCACGAGAUGACCGUUGUUGAGGUGGAUGGUGUAUACGUUGAUCCGUACCCGGCUGGGGACAAAAUGCUGCGCGUCGCUCCCGGCCAGCGCAUGGGUGUCCUCAUCCACACCAAGCCAGAUGCCAGCCAAAACUUCGCUAUCUGGGAUACCAUGGACAUCAACAUGAUGUUCUUCUAUGAAGGCCGCUCCAUCCCGCCCGGGUACAACCCUAAUGCCACUGCCUGGCUUGUGUACGACGAGGCUAAGCCUUUGCCUCCUCCCCCGGAUAUCCACCAGUUGGAUCCAUCUCAAUUUGUUGACGACCUCGACUUCGUUCCCGUCGAUAAGGAGCGUCUUCUUCAGCCUAUGCACCACCAGAUUAUCUUGGAUACCUCCGACACCAUCGUCGAUGGUGUUAAGCGCUACACUAUCAACAACAAAACUUACAUCCCACAGGAUGUCCCCACUCUAUACACAGCCAACACUAUUGGAUCGAAUUUCUCGUCUAAUCCUGAAGUGUAUGGACAAGUCAACCCGUUCGUUGUGAAGUAUGGCGAGAUCGUGGAGGUUGUUAUCAACAACCACCACAACAACCUUCACCCGUGGCAUUUGCAUGGUCACCAGUUCCAGGUUGUGCAGCGCAGUGAGGUUAAUGGCGGUCUCUUUACUGGCGCCUACUGGCAAAACAUUUCCCACACCCCCGUUCGUCGUGAUACCAUUAUGGUGCAGAACAAUGGUCAUGCAGUGAUUCGCUUCCGCGCUGACAAUCCUGGUGUGUGGCUUCUACACUGCCAUGUUGAAUGGCAUGUUGAGGCAGGUCUGACUGCCACUAUCAUUGAAGCCCCCGAGACAUUCCCUCAGUCUCAGAAAGCGCCCCCCCAAGAGCCACUACGAGGUGCUCAUACAAAGAUCACACCUGGUGACAAUGGUGCGAUGUACCCAGAGGCACUGCUCCUCCACCAGCUCCCCCCCGCACAAACCAGCGCUGCUCCCUCGCCUCCUGCCCCGGCACAGCCUGACACCCAGCCACCACCGCCGGAGCAGCCCCCGGCCCCCAAGCCUACCCACCCCAACGGGCCCCCUCCUUUCCAGCCACCUGCACCCAAACCUGCUGCCCCCAAGCCUACUGCCGAGCAGCCUGCCCCCAAGCCAGCUCCUGUAAAGCCAGCGGCUCAGCAGCCUGCUCCCCACCAGCAGCCCGCUCCCCAACAGCAACCUGCUCCCCACCAGCAACCUGCUCCAGCUCAGGCCCAGCCCAUCCCUGUUUCUGAGCCUGUUGUUGCUGAGCCUGUUCCUGUGGCUGAGUACUAUCCUCAGCCUGAAGAACAGAACGAGCCCAUCUACGCUUCUGAGACUGAUGACUCGGGACCAUGGCCACAGCCAAAUACCGACCAUGCCCAUGGACAGAUUGGUGAUGGAUCGGACGGUGUGCCGCCUAUCGUCGGGCACACUGAUGAUACCAAGGGCCCCUGGCCCAAUCCCCACACCAACAAUGGCUAUGCCGAGGUGGGUGGUCACAAGAUCAAGGCUCCGGAAGACACCUACCCCGAUCUUCCUAAGGAUUACCAGUACUGGGGUCAGUUUGAACGCGAGCAGUAG